CCCUCCUCCUCCCCAGCUAGCUCUAUCUUUCUCCUAGAGAAAGAAGCCCUAGAUCGAUCGAUGGGGCUGCGCCUCUUCUUCGAGUCCAUGGACACGUCUGAUUUCAAUCAAUUCGACAUCUUCGAUAUCUACCGACGAUAUUGUGAAAUUACUUCUGGAGCAAGUUCUUGCAUUUCUGGGAAGCUAAAUUCUGCAGAUGAACAAGAACAUAACCCAAGAAAGCAACUGGAUCAUCUACUGAAGUUGGUGCAGUCAAAAAUCCAUGCUAGGGAUUCAAUUUUUGACGAAAUAUACAGGCUCAACUCAACGCUAGUAGACUUAGAGGCAGACUUCUCGGAAUUCGCACGCUUCUACGAUUUUGUGUUUUACAUUUGCCGUGAAAAUGGACAGAAGAAUAUCACUGUAAACAAGGCCGUUAGAUGUUGGAGAAUGGUCUUGGUUGGAAGGUUUAGGCUUCUGAAUCAGUGGUGUGACUUUGUUGAAAAAAAACAGGGGCAUAACAUCUCUGAGGAUACAUGGACGCAAGUUUUGGCCUUCAGCCGUUGUGUACACGAAGAUCUUGAAGGAUAUGAUCCUCAAGGAGCUUGGCCUCUUUUGAUAGAUGAAUUUGCAGAGUACAUGUACAGAAUAACAGGAUCCAUCAGCACUUGGAGUAUCAACCAAGAUGCUCUCCCUGGAGAAUUGAGAUGCUUCCCUGGAUCGAAGAGGAAGAAGCGAAUAGGAGAAGACCCUUCAUUUCAUAUUGACACGCCAACUGCGAAGAGAAGGCAUAGUUGGGUAAUUGGUCAAGCAGAGAAUAGACCCGGGAUAACAGAUUGCACGGAUCUUGUCGAGCAAAAUGUGGCGUUUGGUAACUUAGAUUCUUUAGCUGGGCUUUUAAAGAUUAAAAAUCCCAGCUCAAUUUGGUGAGAAGAAAACAUUUUUUCAUUCUAUUGAAUAGUUUUGUAGCAUUAUUUCAUUAUACAAACGAAUUGAUCCACCUUUGAAAGAAGGACAAGAAACUACAUAUUAUUGCAAUUCCUAUAUGAUGACAGAAACAUCCUUGACUAAAUUUCUACA